UUCCUACCUCCGGGUCUACCGAUCGCUCUGAACCGCUAGAACUCCUAAUCAAAGGAGCUCCAUGAUGGUCUGACUCUUCAAAGACCUCUGGACAAUAGCAUUCGGAGUAAGGCCCCCAUUCCAGACAUCCCUUUAUUUUCACUUCUUUGCAUUCCUCUUUUCUUUUGCGUCGCUUGCUUCUCUUUGCUUUUCUUUUGCUACCAUGGCAACUUCACUUGGUGAUCUCAAUGACGCGCCACGCCCUCAAGGCGGUCAUCAGAGGUCCAAAUCAUCGGUGCUCAAGUCUCUUAUGCAUCGAAGAAACCAGUCUGACGGAUCUUAUCUGCCCUCUGCGUUAUCCAUCGCCACAAACCCGGCCGACCCUUCACACCUAAACCAACAUCUAUAUUCGUUGGAAAGUCCGACGGCAAUGGGCUUCCCAAGGUCAGCGGCCGGGGCCCUCGGCGAACUCCAGCAAAAUCAGCAAGAUGCUGCUGGAUCCCGGUCACCACGGAAGUCUCGAGAUGAGAGCCGCGGCGGCUCCAGAGAAGAACGAGGACGCUCACCGACCAAAUCAGCUUUUACCACACUUACCAGGAUGGCCAUGAAGGAUUCUUCGAAGAUCUCCAAAUCCCGGGAACCUUCACCAGAAAAACCGAAGAAGACAAAGUCUUCGACCAAUCUUGCCGGCUUGCUCUCAAGGCCCAAGUCCUUCAAGAGUCUUAACAAGCAGGCCAAAGAAGACGAGGCCAGGGCUAUGAAGGACAAGGAGAACCGAACACCUCCCGCGUCUACUACGACAAUGGACCUUGGGGGGCUUGGGGGCCCUCCCCCUCCCAUAUACGCCCAGUUCUCCAGCGGGGAUCUGGGAAGACAGCAAGUCAAUGGAAGAAGUUCCUUUGACAUUGGAAGUGCAAAUGGUAGUCGGGGCACCGAUGAUGGAAUUCAAAUGCCAGUCAGGGCUACCAAAGCCCGUCCAUGGUCAUUUCAGAGUCACAAGAUGGAGCCAGAAGUACGGUCGAGGGACGUUAGUCAACCCGACGUUGCAGGAAAGAAGCACAACAUGAACGAUCACAAACCGGCUUUUUCAGAACGAAUCAGUAGCAAGGCUCAGCGUCCGAAGCUGUUUACGGCCUUCUCAUCAACAGAGCAGAGACGGGGACACUCCUCGCCGAAGAAUCCAGCUGACAGGACCAUUGAUCCAAAAGACAUCAACGCUCACCUGGAAGCGAUGUUGGACCGCAGAAACAUCCCCGAAAACCAGCGAUUCAAGAUGCGGAACUUGAACGACACAAUCAAGAUGGAAUUUAUUCGUCAGGACUGGGCUGAAAUGGCCGCCAAGGGAGAGCAGAAUGGUAACGACAACAGGGCUAGCAUUGAGGCCAGCUCGUCCGCCGUUGCUGCAGGUACCGAUAACGAGGAGAGCCACCCGAAGCGAACCAGGGGAAGGAGCUUCACACUUGGACGCGCGAAGAAAGAAUCAAAAUCGCCAUCGAAGAAAUCCCGAGGUGAGGGCACAUUGGGGAGACAUUUCAGGACCAAAUCGACGGAGAGCUUUGUUGGUGAGCGACCUACUUCAGCUGGCUCUUCGACGAGCAACGGCAUCCUGUCGAAGAUAAAGCUCGGUCAAGGGCCGGGUGACUUCGUGUCGUAUUUAAGGAAAGUACGGAAGCCUGAGAUGGUUGAGGUCGGAAAGCUACAUAAGCUGCGUCUGCUCCUGCGAAACGAGACAGUUUCGUGGGCAGAGGAUUUCAUCCGGCAGGGUGGCAUGGAAGAAAUCGUCGGGCUUCUAUAUCGCAUUCUAGAGGUGGAAUGGAGAGAGGAGCACGAGGAUGCUCUGCUUCACGAGGACCUCCUCUGCCUCAAGGCGCUUUGCACCACUUCCCUAGCGCUACAGUAUCUCGACUCGAUCCAGAGCGACCUCCUCCCGAGGCUGAUUCACACGAUCUUUGAUCCGGAAAAGAAGGGACCCAGCGAAUUCACAACCAGAAACAUUAUCACCUCCCUCAUCUUUACCUACAUCGAAACUGCAACCCCACAGGAGCGCGUGAUUCGUUCCAAGACCGUUUUGUCUUAUCUUCGCAAUCCCGAACCCAAAGAAGAGGAGCGCCCGGUGCCCUUCGUACUCGAAAUGCGCAAGGAACGACCUUACACUGUCUGGAAUAAAGAGGUUGUCAGUGUCACCAAGGAAGUUUUCUGGAUCUUCCUCCACCACCUUAAUGUCAUCGCCCUGCCGGCUGAGAUGUCCAGCAAGGGCGGCAUGCUACUCGACAAUGUUCCCUCUAACAACCCUGGCGAGCAACCGUUCGCGUACAUGCAAAGACACUUCCCUCGGCCUCGACCUCCGGUUCCUGCGGCUCCUUAUGUUGGUGGAGUAGAAUGGGACGCGACCAACUACCUCGCCUCGCACCUCGAUCUCGUCAACGCCAUCAUUGCCUGUACUCCGGCGGCGGAACAACGCAAUGCUCUUCGCCACGAUUUGCGCAUCUCCGGCUGGGAGAGAUGCCUUGGCGGUAGCCUCCGUCUUUGCAAGGAGAAAUUCUAUGGCUGUGUGCACGAGGCUCUCCGCACAUGGGUUGCUGCCGCAGCCGAAGAUGGCUGGGAUGUGCGCGAAGUUCGUUAUGGUCCACCGGCGGAUAGCUCCCGCAGUCCCCGGAAGAAGACGGGCGGAGGUCAGAAGCCCGGUGGCGGAAACGGGGCCCAAGAGGCUGCGCCGAGGAUUGAGAUGCCGAGGUUGGACUUUGGGUUGUCGACUCCCAACCAUGAGCAGCACCAGCAGCAGAAGAAUGGCGGGGAUGCUUGGCUUUCCUAGUUGAACGUGAGAGCGGGUAUGAGAGGGUGGCCCUUUCAUCUUUUCCGUCUGCGCAUGGAAUAUCCAAAGGAGACCCAAAUUAGCGAGUUGUUUUACUUUGCACGGCACACGAAGGACUCGGUUCCGUCCUCACGACCUUGACUUUGAUAUUGGGGGAGGGUAUUGCUCUUUCCCCGCCACGCUCUUCACCCUUCCUCACAACUCACUUGAUUCUUUCUUCUUUUAUGUUGGUUGAGGGAAGGAAGCUCGCUAAUUUCCCCAGAAUGUCAAGGCAUUACGGCACCCUCGUGUUUGGUUGUCUGGCUUGUAAUUAUGAAGUCUCAGUUGUUUUGGGAUUCUCGAACAUCAUGACGGCAUGGUAUGGAUACGUUAAUGAAUUGAUGACAUGAUACAG